UUCAUUCACAUUUAGCCUCUUCGCCUUUGCCAUUCCCGGAGGCUCCACCGUCUACCUGUUCUCAUCGGAAACCUAAUUCCAUCUUAUGCAACCGAUUGAGCAAUGGAGAAUCUUCACGGCAGCUCGCGAGUUCCGAAAGUGACACAGGGGAACUUGAUCGGAGGUGGAAGCUUUGAGAAUGCGGACCUCGGCAGCGGCGACUCGCCGCUCCUCCGGUACCUGCUUGGAGGCUCUCAGUCGCCGGUCGGCGGUGGAUUCAAGCAGCGGCGCCACCCGAUCUCUCCGGUGGAUAAUCUUAUGGCGGCGGCGAGGUCGCCAACGGCUUACAGGACGCCGGUGCGAGCGGUGCCGAGAGAUGAUGUUCUGGUGAUGGACGGCGUUUUGAUCACCGACGGGAAGAGGAGUUCGUCGAGGUCUGGUGGCUCUUCUGGUUCGCCGUCGUCUGCUUCUUCCGAGUCUUCCGGGAAGAGUCUCUACAAAGGCCAGUUUUUACUUGGAAAAGAAAAUCUGCGUCCAACUCGUUUUCCUGGCAAGAACAAAUCUGAGUUGUGCAAGUCUACACCUAGAUCAGGAUCAUGCGCACCCAGCCCCAAGUCCCGCCUUGUCUAUCAGAUCAUGGCAUCAGCUGUUACUGAAGCAGUAGCAGCAGUCACAUCAUCUCCAAAACUGAAGCGCACCAGCGAAACCCCCAUUACUGCUAUAUGCUGCGGAGACUGGUCACCCCAAGAUGAUGGCAUUGAGGUUUCCUUGCCUUCUUCAACUGAAAAGCUUCCAUCAAAGGCAGAUGUAGAUGAGUACAUCACUGCUUCUCUCUAUGGUCCUACUACAAGAAGGAGAUUGCCAGUGUUUGAUGAAAUUUCCCAGCGUACUGAUCUGAUUGCACAGAGAAAACUUCCAUUUCACACAAAAGGUAAAGGGUAAGGUCUACUUUGGGCAGUAUCUUAGUUUGCAAAGACUCUGUGGCGGUAAAGCCAUUUUUUCCCAAGUUAAUAGUCAAAGAUGGUGGCUUGAUGGUUGUAAUCUUGUAGAAAAGCUACACCAACAGGCAACAACUACCUUGUUGUUAAGUUUCUUAGUCUUAGGUAACAAGAAUGGUGGCUUAUUGGUAUAUGGCAGCUGCAAUUCAAUUAUGCAGCUAUUUUAUGUAUGAGGUCGGAGAAAGAAGACGAGAGGUCAUCGUAUUGAAGUAGAAAAAGAAAUUUCUUCUCUUUUUAUUUUUACAUCCUUUGUUCUUAUUAUUUGUCUUUUCUAAUUAGUUGAAAAGGUCAAAUCAAAAUAGAAAAGUUGUGGAG